AUGUCUACCUUUGGCUACAGACGAGGACUUAGUAAAUAUGAAUCCAUAGACGAAGACGAACUCCUUGCUUCCCUGACAGCCGAGGAGCUGAAGGAGCUAGAGAGGGAGCUGGAUGACAUUGAACCUGACCGCAGCCUUCCAGUGGGGCAAAGGCAAAAGAGUUUGACUGAGAAAACCCCCACAGGGACAUUCAGCAGAGAGGCUCUGAUGGCCUAUUGGGAAAAGGAGUCUCAGAAGCUCUUGGAGAAGGAGAGGCUGGGGGAGUGUGGAAAGGUAGAGGAGGAGAAAGAGGACAGUGAAGAGGAGCUCGUCUUCACAGAGAGCAACAGUGAGGUUUCUGAAGAGGUCUACACGGAGGAGGAGUCCCAGGAGGAAGAGGAGAGUGAGGAAGAAGACAGUGAGGCAGAGGAAAGAGCGGUGGAAGUUGCAAAAGAUGUCAACGGAACUCUCAACUGUGAUGGUGUCUGCACCGACAGCACUAAGCCCAAGAUAUUUAAAAGUCAAAUAGAAAACAUCAACUUGACCAAUGGCCACAGUGCAAGGAGGGCUGACUCUCCCGCUGCCAUACACCCUAGCGGCAAUCCCACAGUUAUCGAAGAUGCUUUGGAAAAGAUUACAAACAAUGACCCCGACAUGGUGGAAGUCAACCUGAACAACAUAGAGAACAUCACCACGCAGACCCUCACCCGCUUUGCCGAAGCUCUCAAGGACAACACGGUGGUGAAGACAUUCAGCCUGGCCAACACGCACGCCGACGACGGCGCAGCCAUAGCCAUCGCGGAAAUGCUCAAAGUCAAUGAGCACAUCACCAACGUCAACAUCGAGUCCAACUUCAUCACGGGCAAGGGCAUCCUGGCCAUCAUGAGGGCGCUGCAGCACAACACGGUGCUCACGGAGCUGCGCUUCCACAACCAGAGGCACAUCAUGGGCAGCCAGGUGGAGAUGGAGAUCGUCAAACUGCUCAAGGAGAACACCACCCUGCUGAGGCUCGGCUACCACUUCGAGCUGCCCGGGCCCAGAAUGAGCAUGACAAGCAUUCUGACCAGAAACAUGGAUAAACAGAGGCAGAGGAGGAUGCAAGAGCAAAAACAGCAGGAGGGGUCUCCCGGAGGAGCCAACCUUAGGACCAAAGUCUGGCGAAGAGGAACGCCGGGCUCCUCACCAUAUGCCUCUCCCAGGCACUCGCCCUGGUCCUCCCCCAAACUCCCCAAGAAAGUCCAGACAGGGAGGAGCCGGCCUCCGUCUCCCGUGGCUACACCCCCACCUCCUCCACCGCUUCCCCCACAAAAGCUCCCGCCCCCGCCGCCCCCACCCCCGCCGCCGCCCCCGGAGAAGAAGCUCAUCACCAGAAACAUCGCGGAAGUCAUCAAACAACAGGAGACCGCCCAAAGGGCUCUGCAAAACGGACAGAAAAAGAAAAAAGGGAAAAAGGCUAAGAAACAGCCCAACAAUAUCCUAAAGGAAAUAAAGAAUUCUCUGAGAUCAGUGCAGGAGAAGAAAACGGAAGAGGGUUCCCGCCCGUCCACCCCACAGAGGUCAGCGCACGAGAAUCUCAUGGAAGCAAUUCGAGGGAGCAGCAUAAGACAGCUAAGGCGGGUCGAAGUCCCCGAAGCGCUACGAUAAAACACGGGAUCUUGAGAAGAAGUUGCAGAACUGGUUUGGGAGGCACUAAGUGCAAUGCAUUGUGACGAGUUUCUAAGCUACCUUCUUCCAUUUGAAGUGUUCCCUGACUUUACCAAGAAUGUUAAGAAACCAGCAGCAUGUUCCUACUGUAAAUAUGAAAAACUUUUUUAUGUUGCGACAUUUGUUUGGGCCACGAGAAAUUAGAUACUCUGCACCUCUGAAUGUGUUGGGAACUCUGAACUGGAACGAGGGAAGGAAAUGUGCUGUUAUUUUUAUAAUCCCAACAAAUUUAGAUGGAAGGUUUUUUUCCUUUUUUUUUUUUAAAGCUAAACUAAUAUCUUCCUAAACUAAUAUUUCCCAGUUGACACAUCUAUCAGGAAUGUAUGUAACAUAGCAAAAUAUUAAACAUCUUAUGUUCUCACCC